AUGUCGCCAGAUGUAUGCCGUGACUGCGUAGUCUUUGCUGCCAACGACACUCUGAAUCGAUGUCCAGAGGAAAAACAGGGCAUGAUGGGGUAUGAGGAAUGCAUGCUUCGAUACGAUGACCAGAACUUUUUCUUGGACUCUUCACUCCAAAAUGGAACAAAUGGAGUUAUGAUCUCAGCUCAUUCCAAUAAUAUUUCGUCUAACCAACAAGACCGGUUCAGUGAAUUGGUCUUGUCCACGCUGAACCAAGCAGCCACAGAGGCAUCGAACAGAUCGAGAAAAUUUGAUGCGAGAAAAGCCAAAUUUACUGCGUCCCAGACUUUGUACGGUACAUUUCCUAGUGGAGUACAAGUUGCGGUGACAGACAUCGGGAAAAGGUGA